AUGAAUGGCACUGACGGGACAAAUUUAAAUAAUGCCCUAUUUCGUAGGACGUCAGUUGAUUGCGGACCGUCGUACGGUGAACAUAUAGGAGAAAUGCAGUGCAGUGAGGAUGAUGACUCCCAAAGCGGGUUCAAUUCAGAACCUACCCAAGUUCUAUCUAAGGCUGAAUUACGAAAGACGAACAAGCCUAUAAUGGAAAAGAAGAGGCGCGCGCGCAUUAAUAACUGUCUCAACGAAUUAAAGGAUCUAUUGAUGGAUGCUAUGGAUAAGGACCCGGCUCGUCACUCUAAACUUGAGAAGGCGGACAUCCUCGAGCUGACCGUCAAACACCUUCAAACUCUUCAGCGUCAGCAAUUAGCUGCUGCUAUUGCCGCGGACCCGGCUGUCUUACACCGCUUUAAAGCCGGCUUCGGAGACUGCGCCGGGGAAGUAAGAAGAUACCUCUCCAGACUCGCGAGUGUACCAACUGGUCUACGCUACAGACUCGGAAAUCACCUCAAUACAUGCCUAUCAGGGAUAGAACGAUUACACUCAACCGAUUACCCUCCACUAAUACCGGAUCCUUUGAGAUUAGACGACGAAAGGCCCAGUGCAUUCCAUUAUGUUAGAUCGACGAAACCGACCAGCCCGCCAUUAAGUCCCUUAUCGUGUGAUUCCGCGUGUGAUUCUUCAACUGAACUCGAAACUCCGCCACGACCGGUACAGAAAUACCCUUUCCCAACACCUCCAAGUCAUUCCGCAUCUGAUCAAGAUUCUAGUCCAGAACAAAAGCCUACAGUAUCAUCAACAACUAUAUCACCAGACACUCUAAAACAAGAUGUAUUAAGAAACAAAACAGUGAUGGAACCACUAUCAAUUGUUAUCGAUGUAGAGAAUUACAGAAUAGGUAUCGAUGCUUCACCAAAGAGAGCAGUCGAUUAUUCGAUACGCAACAAGCUAAAACGACAUUCAGAUGCCAAAGGACCGAUGCCAAAGCUGAUCAAACUUGACGCAGAUAGGAAUGAGCAGUUCCUAGAUAGAUUACAAGCGCCUGAAAUUAAAACUGAAAAGUCAGCAUUUGUUCGGUUACCAGAUAAGAUGAUCCCUGAAAGAAAGUUAAUUGUACCUGAAGGUAUACCAAUAGUUAAAGAAAAACCUUUAGAUAUGAAAUCCAAUAUGCCUAGAACAGUCAUAAGUCAUACAGCGGCGUCAUUAGCACAGUCGAGUCUACAAAAUAUUAAGACUGAAAAUAAAGACAGUGCUAAAUCACCAAAACAAGGUACCAGUUCAGAAAUGUGGCGACCCUGGUGA